AUCGAUAAAACGUUUUUAUAGUUUUUCAUACUGAACAAUAAUUCUACAAACUCAUUUUCAUAGUAACUACUUACUAGUUUUUUAAAACUAACAUUUAAAUAAUAAACAAAAUUUUAUAAACCUUAAUGAACCAAAGGGGAAACAAUAAUUCACAUAAUCAAUGGUCGUUGUAUGUAUCUAAACUUAAAAGCUGUAAAAAACGCAAAAAAGAAUAUUGUCCAAUAUGCCAGAAGAAAAUUUUAAUACAUCAUUAUAACAAGCAUGUUGAGCAAUGUUCAAAAAUGUCCGAAUUACGAGCCAAGAUGUAUAACGAAGACGUGGUAAAUAUGAAUAGAAAUGAUGAAUGUGCAAUAUGUCUGGACACUAUGGAAUAUGGACAGAGGAUAGCUCGAUUAAAAUGUUUAUGCAUAUACCAUAAGACUUGCAUAGACUUAUGGUUAAACAAGAAUAUAUGGUGCCCGAAUCAUCCACCUCUAUGAUAUUAUUAUCAAGUUUAUUGAACUAAUAACACUGAACAACCAAGAAACAUUACCUAAUUUAAAUUUUGUAUCCUUUUUCUAUUUUCCAUGUUCCACGUUAUCGAAU